AACCCGCCAUCGAUUCCAACGCUGGGUGUCGUGUGGUUUGUGUGUCGACUGCGAGGAUCCAAGUUUGUGGUCGAUUGGCACAACUAUGGCUUCACAAUACUCGGGCUAACUCUUGGAGACAAUCAUAUUCUCGUGAAGAUCUGCAAAUGGUUUGAGACAUACUUCGGCGCCAAAUCUGACGCCAAUUUCUGUGUCACGAGUGCCAUGAAAGAGGAUCUGAAGAACAGAUUCAGUAUAAGCGCUACCGUUCUGUACGACAGACCCCCGGAUAUAUUUGACACCAUUUCUGUCGAAGAGAAACACCAUUUGUUUCUCAAACUGAAGACGGAAUACAAGGAGUUCUUAAGCGACGAAUCGAAUGAUGACAAUCAGACUGUUGUGACCAUUCACGACACUAUCAGUUAUAACAUAUCUCUGAGACCAAAACGGCCGGCGCUUGUCAUGAGUAGCACGAGUUGGACGGAAGACGAAGACUUUGAUAUAUUGUUUAAAGCGCUCGAACUCUACGACAACUCUGCUUCCAGUUCUGGCAAAUGGCCGCACAUU